AUGAAUCAAAAUGCUCAAUAUUGUAACACAUAUAAUACGAACUGGAGGAAUCAUCCUAAAUUCUCUUGGGGUGGAAAUCAGAACAUCAGGCCUCGAGCGAAUUAUAAUCAUCCACCUCAACCUCCACAACAAUCAGAAGAGAGUUUGAUUGACAUGAUGAAAAAGCUCUUGCUAGACAAUCAGAAAGUUAUGGCUGAGAAUCAACAAUUGCGCACAAAGUUCAAAAAUCUAGAGAGGCAGUUUGGAAAAAUGGCUAACAAUCAGAAUAUUAGACCUAUUGGAGCUCUCCCAAGUGAUACAGAUAAAAACCCUCAAGUCAAUACAGUGAUAUUGAGAAAUGGGAGAGAGUUAGUAGAAGUUCCUAAGAAGAAAAAAGAGCAGUUUGGGCUGGAAGAAGAAAGAGUUCCAAAACCUGUAGAGGUAGAUGAGAGAAACAAAAUAGAGUCUGAGCAAAUAUCAGAGAGGGUGCCACCUCCUUUUCCUCAAGGACUAAGAAAGAAAAAUGAUGACCACAUGUUUCAGAAAUUUUUAGAUAUGUUGAAGCAGAUACACUUGAACAUCCCUUUGGUGGACAUGCUCAGUGAGGUCCCAAAAUAUGCAAAAUAUAUUAAGGAUAUAGUGGCAAAUAAGAGGAGGUUAACUGAAUUUGAGACCGGCGCACUUACCGAGGAGUGCACUUCCAGGAUUCAACAUAAGCUUCCACAAAAGCUUAAGGAUCCAGCUAGUUUUACCAUCCCCGUGAGGAUUGGUGAAAUUGAUGUGGGUAGAGCCUUGUGUGAUUUGGGCGCAAAUUUUAUCAUCCAUGACUACGAGGCUGAUGAGUUAGUUCCUAUCAUCUUGGGACGACCUCUUUUGACCACUGGAGAUGCCAUUAUCAAAGUCCGAGAAGGUAAGAUGAUCCCGAGGGUGGACAAUGAAGAAGCGGUCUUCAAUGUAUAUCGAGCCAUUAAGUUGCUUCGUCAUUACAAGGACCUGGCCAUGAUUUCUAUGGUGAAGAUAAAUGAACCAGCCGUAGAGCCAA